AUGUCCACCGCACUUACAACCACAACUCCCAUCUCCUCGUUUCUUACUCUUCCUUCCGAACUACGUCUGAAAAUCUGGUCCAACCUCCUUCCCGGUCCUCGUACACUUCCAAUCCGCUGCUCUCGAAUCCACAAAUCUUAUUACACUCCUGUCCCCACUUCCGUCCUGCUAUCAAUCUCUUCCGAAACGCGAACUCUAUUUCUCGAACACUAUUCUCUCCUCCACCUAAACCCCUCUUACAACUCCACUAUAUACAUAAAUUUCGCACUGGAUACACUUUUUUUUGACCACGAAGAAUGUUCACCUAUCGGAGAUUUGGCUAUGGAUUUCAACACUUGUGCGCAGAAGGAUUUGAUUGAGAGAGUGGACAUCGAUGUACAUUUAUGGGAAAUUAUGCGAUUGUUUCGAUUUGAUGCUUUGGCGGAGAUCAAAUACUUGUAUGGACUUAAGAAUUUGAGAUUUGUUUUGAGGAGAUCAAACAUCGAAUCGAAUAAUGGAGAAGAGGAUGAGGCUAAUAAUAUGAGGGCGAGAACUAGGGAUGUAUGGGGAGGAAGGAUGUUGAUCGAGGGGCAGACAAUGGAAAGAGAGAUUGCGCAAUGUCAGUGGUAUGUUUCGAUGGUGAAGUGGGAGGUGGAACAUGGGACUCAUCAAUGGACGGACUGUAAACCGAAUGUGCAGAUGUGCAUUAUAUGA